CUUUUGCCUUGGUACUCGUACACACCACACACACACAGUAAUCUGUACAAGUUGUGUCUCUAUAAAAUCCCAAAACUGGUAGCUUCGAGCACAACGGACCACACCCUUUGGACAACAAUGAAAACUGCACAGCAGCCGAGGGCGAAAACGCAAAUCCGGGCCCGGCAGUUCACUUUCUUUUGGGGGCUGAGAUUCCUGACUUGGCAGAGCUUACGAAUACAGGAAGCCCGAGGAAGGGAACCUGCCUUGGGAGGUACGUAAGAUACGAAUAGACACAUCGCAGCCGAUUGCGCGCUUUUUGGGUUUGGCAAAUAAAUAGCACGGCUUUUGAGAGUCAACACAACCGGCUUCCUAACCUUCUUCUACAUAUUAUCCGGUAAUCGUCUUCGCACAUUUGCUGCUGUGAUAAGAUGGAACUGCCCAACUGGCUCAGCAUUGUGCUCCUCCUCCUGAGCUUCACCUCCUUCCUCCCCCAGCUCUGGCUGCUCUGGGUCCGGAAAGACAGUUCUGGCCUGUCGCUCUUCUACGUGCUGUGGAAUCUCAUUGUUGCAACCGAGCUCUUUACUUUAUCCUUCCUUCUCGUGGUUAACUACGGAGAUCCCGGCGGACCCGUCGACAUCUUCGUUCACUACCCGCUAAGUGUCGGCGACCGCAUCAACUUGGCCCAGUUUACCGUGGUCUGGGUCCUCUGGGUCGUCAUUUUCGCUACAUGCCUCGCGUGGCGUUCCAACACCGACCAUGGCCGCCGCAAGGCCGUAUCAGCCAUUUAUGUUUUGUUCCUACUAAUAUCAGUCAUUCCUGUAUUCGUCGAUGCUCUCAGGGAGCACUCGACCGACCGGAACCACACUUGGGUUCUCGCACUCUUCGGCGGUCUUCACGUCCUGUUCAUCAAUCCCAUCGUGAACUUCCUCGGCAUUGCUGCCCUGUUCGCCCAAGCCCGCAUCCUUAUGGGGCGGACGCCCGGCUCAGGACUCGGCGCGCUUAGUCUGGUGGGCCUUGCCACACAAGGGGCCACUUUCGCCCUGCUCGCUCCUCUAUGGUUAUGGCGGUUGUGGUUUUCGUGGAAUCAGAUUCCAAAUCAGGGAUGGCUACAUUGGCAGGUGUUGGGGCAGUGGUUCCGUAUGGUUGGUUUCGUGGCUGUUGAUUACGCUGUUUUUGCGGGUGCGCAAUCCGUCUUGUUGUUUAUAGCAGUGCGACGCGAGCUUCACAACUCUGGUGCGUCUGCUGGUGAGACGGCGCCAUUGUUGGGGAACUGAACAACUUGGAAGUUUAUCAAUAGGAUCAAAUGAGAAUAUGCUUGGACUCUCCUGGAUUCCACCAUGUUAAACUUCACCGCUUCCGAAUGUGUCACGACCAACUUCGGCCAGCCCAUUAUCGCGUGGAUUUGUGGCCCUCUCCGAAAUCACAGUCGGGGCGAAAAGGGCUGGUUUUUACUCCGAGGUGACGGUUGUUAGCUUGGGACACUUGAACACUUCCAGGUUGAGCCCGGCCGUUUUGCCGAUGGGGUGACAGGUUACACACAACAACCCUCCGAGUCUUCAGCUCGGUAUGCAACAAAGCAUUGCUAAAUGGGCGUCGAAUUUUAGUGCUCGCGUUUGAAAUGCUGAACGCCGAAAUGCGACUGCGCCACGUUGGCUGGGCUUAACGAGGGCAAGGCUCAAAUCCUUGACUCGGACGAAGAUGAGUUGGAUGGUUCGAAUGUUUG